UUUCUCCCCGAAUGAUUCUCUGGAUCUAUCUCCAAAUGCUAAGGGAAGGGAAGCUCUCCCUAGGCAAAAUAAUGCCUGACUCCCACAGCUCAAUUGGAGAAUCCUAAAGGCCUUUUACCUCCUUCAGGAGCCUCUGGGUAAGGAGGGCGGGAUCUUGGUUCCAGGGUCUCAGUACCCCCUGUGCCAUUUGAGCUGCUUGCACGCAUCAUCUCUAUUAAUAACCACCUUCCCUCCCUCACUGCCAGUGCUGCCCCUACGCCUGUCCAGCUUGGGUUCUCGGUCACAGCAGCACAGUCCUCCAAAGCUGCUGGACCCCAGAGAGAGCUGACCGCUGCUUGAGCCACCGGGUGAAUCCCCCUCCACAAUGCCUCUGUCAGGAACCCCAGCGCCCAAUAAGAAGAGGAAAUCCAGCAAGCUGAUCAUGGAACUCACUGGAGGUGGGCAGGAGAGCUCAGGCCUGAACCUGGGCAAGAAGAUCAGUGUCCCAAGGGACGUGAUGUUGGAGGAGUUGUCACUGCUCACUAACCGGGGCUCUAAGAUGUUCAAACUGCGGCAGAUGCGGGUGGAGAAAUUUAUCUAUGAGAACCACCCUGACGUCUUCUCUGACACCUCAAUGGAUCACUUCCAGAAGUUCCUUCCUACAGUGGGGGGUCAGCUGGGUACAGCUGGUCAGGGAUUCUCCUACAGCAAGGGCAGUGGUGGAGGCCAGGCAGGGGGCAGCGGCUCUGCUGGACAGUAUGGCUCCGCCCAGCAGCACCAUCAAGGCUCUGGCACUGGCUCUGGCUCUGGCUCUGGAGGCACAGGUGGCCCUGGGGGCCAAGCCGGCAGAGGAGGAGACGGCACAAUGGGAGUUGGUCAGUCAGGAACAGGAGACCAGGCAGGUGGAGAAGGAAAACACAUCACUGUGUUCAAGACCUAUAUCUCCCCAUGGGAGAGAGCCAUGGGGGUUGACCCCCAGCAGAAAGUGGAACUUGGUAUUGACCUGCUGGCCUAUGGGGCCAAAGCUGAACUCCCCAAGUAUAAGUCCUUUAACAGGACGGCAAUGCCCUAUGGUGGAUAUGAGAAGGCUUCCAAACGCAUGACUUUCCAGAUGCCAAAGUUUGACCUGGGGCCCCUGCUAGGUGAGCCCUUGAUCCUUUUCAACCAGAACCUCUCCAACAGGCCGUCCUUCAAUCGUACCCCUAUUCCCUGGCUGAGCUCUGGGGAGCAUGUAGACUACACCGUGGAUAUUGGCAUCCCCUUGGAUGGAGAAACUGAGGAGCUGUGAGGUGUUUCUCCUCUACUUUGCAUCGUUUCCCUUCUCUGGUUCCACUUGAGAGGGGGAAUGCUAAACAGGAUACCCCAUGUAAAUCCAGUAUCCUUGUGGGAAUGGAGAAAAAAGGAGGGAGAGAUCUGCCUUUCUGUCCUUUAGUCCAAGUCCCCACUCCAAGCACCCCUCCUUACCAACUCAGAGAUCCCUUUCCAUUUGCUCCAUAUGGAACCUGCUCUUUUAAGGAAUUUGCUCUGCACCAGUAACAGCCAAUAAACUUUAAGGAAA